AUGGCCGAAAACGCUACAGAUACGGCGACUCUCGAGGGGUCUUUUGAUGCCUUGAACUCUACCAUAGGAUCUGGAGAGAGCUGGCUAUCAGCUUUCUCAUACCUCCAAGAUCAAAGCUUUCUCAUGCUUGAGAUCAGACUUGUUCUCAGCGCCAUCGGCAUCAUCUAUCUCGGCGCCCACGCUGCUCUUCGUCGACCUCCCUCCGCGGCACCUGCAAAGAAGAAGAAUUUAGGUGAAGAGGAAGACGAGGAGCGUUUUUCUCAGGGAUUGGAGCCAUCAGAUGCCAUCAUCUUUCCCCUCAUGGCCGGUGUUGUCCUCGUUGGCUUGUACUACCUCAUCCAGUGGCUAAAGGACCCCGACAUUCUCAACAAAAUUCUGAGAUGGUACAUGUCUACCAUGUCGAUUGCUAGCUUGGUGUCUAUCUAUUCUCAUGGAAUCGAAGUGGUUACGAGCUUAGUGUUCCCACGAUACUGGCGGGGACGAGAUGGACGUCUAAGGGCAGUGGACCAGACGAAUAGAUCUGUCCACGUCUGUGACGAUGCAGGCAACCCGACGACAAAUGUUUCGACAACAGACAACCCUUUCCCCGGACCUUUUUCCUGUCUGGCGUUCUCAGACAAAAUUCGCCAGUCAGGAUGGGAGUUGCGCGGUCUUCUCACUAGACAUUGGGCCGUCAAGCUCUUCAUCCAUGGCAUGGGCAAAGAGCAAGGUAGAAUCAAGUUUGCUCAUGUGGUGUCCUUGGUCAUGGCUUUGGCUACCGCGCUCAUCUACUCUUACACUACAUCGCCUCUGUUGGCCAACACACUCGGCUACGCCAUGUGCUACGGCUCACUGCUUCUGAUCUCCCCAACGGACUUUUUGACUAGCACCCUGAUUCUUGUCGGUCUGUUCUUUUACGAUAUUAUAAUGGUAUUUUACACCCCAUAUAUGGUCACAGUCGCAACCAAGCUGGAUGUGCCCAUCAAGCUCACUUUCCAGGCUGCGGAGCGCAAGAGUAUUCUUGGUCUGGGUGAUAUCGUCAUUCCAGGCAUGGUUAUGGCUCUAGCCCUCCGAUUCGACCUCUGGCUCCAUUACGAGAGCAAGAUCAAGUACGAAAGCACCGACUUGAAGCUCAUUGAGAAGGACCCAUCCUCAGGAGCUUUUGUCACUAGAAGCGAGACGAAACACAAGGAAGUCAAGGCCAAGUAUGUCAACGUCAAGGGUAACUGGGGAGACAACCUUUGGACUCGCGGAGCUUUCUUCCUCUUUGGAUCUAAGCAGGUGCCCCAAGACCUGGCGGCCACACGUUUCCGCAAGACCUAUUUCUAUGCUUCAGUCGCUGGCUAUCUUCUCGGAAUGUGUGUUACCUUGGCUAUGCUUUUGGUGUUCAAGCGCGGCCAGCCUGCACUCCUGUAUCUUGUUCCUGGCGUGUUGGGUUCGCUGUGGCUGACAGGUCUGGUCCGUGGAGAAAUCAAGCAGAUGUGGAAGUACACUGAGGACGGAAGCCUCGAUAUUAUCGAUGUGGUUGUCGACUUGGAUGGUGAUGGUAAUGCUGUCAAGAGAAUCGGCAAGCUCGAGGAUGGCGUUGUCGACCUUACCAAGGACGACAAGAAGGAGAAGGAGGAAGACAAGACAAAGGAAGAGAAGAAAGGCGAUGGAAAGGAAAAGCACCGUGUCUUCAUGCUCUCAGUCGAUGCCGAGGAGGAGACCAAUUCGGAGUAG